AUGACAGCCGUUUCUCCGCCCGCCGACUUGUCGCAUCACUACAGCUACACUGCGACUAAUCGCCAGGCGAGCAGCAUCAAAAAGUUCUACAAAUAUUUCCUAAUUCCAGGCGUGGCCAAUUUCGCUGGCGGUUUACCACACGCCUCAUACUUCCCCUACGAUACCCUCGAAGCCACCGUCGCCCGCCCACAGCGAUUGCAGCCCGUCGGCGAUAAUGAUGUCAGCCCAGACCGAGUCGUCGUCCCUAAACAAAGCAGAAUUGUCGACCCUCGGCUACGCAUCGAUUUGACAACCGCCCUUCAAUACGGCACCGCCGAGGGUUACCCUGCUUUGCUCUCCUUUUUGCGACAAUUCACCCGGGAUCACCUGCAUCCGAACGUCCCCUACGCCGGAGGACCCGAGGUUGUAAUAACUUGCGGAAAUACCGAUGGCUUUGCCAAGGCUGUUGAGCUCUUUACCAAUGUCUGGAAUCCCGGUCGCGACUGGAUCCAGCAGCGGGAAGGUAUCCUCUGCGAAGAGUUCGCGUACAUGAACGCUAUUCAGACCAUCCGGCCACGGGGCUUGAAUGUGAUCAGUAUCGCAAUGGACGGACAGGGUAUGUGUGCGUCUGGGAAGGGUGGGUUGGCCGACGUGUUGGAGAACUGGGACUUUCGGCGCGGUCGCAGACCACAUCUAAUGUAUACCGUGACAAUUGGCCAAAACCCCACUGGAGGCACGCUAUCGCUUGAGCGUAGGAAGGAAAUCUAUGCUCUCUGCAAGAAGUAUGACGUGAUCAUUGUUGAAGAUGAACCAUACUGGAAUUUACAAUUCCCGUCAGCAUAUGAGAAAGAAGCUCGUCAUCGUGGCUCAUCUCAUGGACGUGGUCCUGGUGCCCAGAAUUACAAUGAAAACGGCAAGUCCUCGGGCUACGAGUUCUUGGAUUCAUUGGUUCCCUCGUAUCUAUCCAUAGAUACCGAGGGCCGUGUGGUGAGACUCGACACUUUCUCUAAGACCGUCGCCCCGGGAAGUCGUCUUGGUUGGAUGACCGCACAGCCGGCUGUCAUCGAGCGAGUCACUCGAAUUACUGAGACCUCAACCCAACAGCCGUCAGGCUUUGUCCAAGCCCUGAUCGCUGAAAUGAUCAUGGGGAAGGAAGAUGGCCCCAAUAGAGCCCGUGUCUCCAAGAAGGAAGACGGUCAAGGCUGGCAUAUGGAUGGCUGGGUGCGUUGGCUAGAAGGCCUACGUGGAGGCUACGAAAGACGCAUGGUCACCAUGUGCGAUAUUCUCGAAGAAAACAAAUAUCUUCUCUCUCAGCAAUCUGAAGUCUCUCAGCCCACUGGUAACCAUGUCGAUGACUGGGAAGUUGUGGACCGGGUCCAGAUGUUCGACUUUGUCUGGCCCAAGGCUGGCAUGUUCGUCUGGAUUCAAGUCCUCUUUGAUAACCAUCCCUUGCGAUGUCAAUAUAGCGCCGAGAGCCUGUCGAAGGCUUUCUGGAUUCAUCUCACCAAGAAGCCACACUUGUGUCUGGUCGGACCUGGCAGCCUCUUUGCCCCUACUGAGAAGUCUGCUGCGGAGGCUCACAAGUUCAUUCGCAUCGCCUUUGCACCUAUGGAUGUUGAGGAUGUGGUGCCCUUCACUCGUAGAUUGGUGGAGGGCUUCAGCGCAUUUUGGAAGCGAAAGAACUUGGACGGGCUUGAUGAUGAUGACGAUGCUGCGGUUAUGGCGAUGCACAAUUCAACAUCGGGAUCUGGAACUAAUUUCUUAGGGUCUGGUUAUUAG